AUGGAAAAGUGGAGCUCUCAGGAGGACACUACUUUGAUUGAUCUCUACAACGUGUGCGGUCCCAAAUGGGUAACCAUAUCCCGUAUGUUGAGAACCAAGUCAGCUCAUCAGUGUGCUGAAAGGUGGCAAAGUGCACUACGCCCUGGAAUCAAUAAAAGACCGUUCAAUACUUUUGAAAAUAAUACAGUUAGACGGCUGUACGGUGUCCAUGGCCCCAGAUGGAGUAGGAUUUGUUCAAGCUUCCCUGAUCGCACCCCAAAAAUGAUAAAAUCCAGUUGGGAAAAUAUGCAAGCGGAAGAAGAACGCAUUCAAAUGCAAAUGUCAAUAACUCGUCUACUAAACUGA